CGAUUUAUGAGGUAAAAAUUCACUGGAAUUUUCGCUGUACAUCGAGGAUGUUGUCAGUGUGACAUACCUAUCGUUGUCUUUGGAAAAAAAAAAGGCAGUUUAUCGAAGAACAGGCUUUAUAACUAGAAAAAAACAUUCUAGUUGUAUGUUUUGUUUCAAGAUACUCAUAUAAAUUUUUUAUUUUAUUAGUACGUUGGAUUUCUGAGAGACUCACAUCUUCAUAAAAAAUAAGAACUAUGUGAUGUAUGCUAUAAGAAAUGCUCUAAAAGAAACGAUACCAGUUUGAACAGUAUUAAAUAAGGCACACCAUAUUCAGGCAGGAAAUGUUUUAUCCUUCUAUAAUGGAGUCAAAACAAAAUGCUAAUGUGUAUUCUGAUGUGAAUAAUAAAAUCGGUAAACCUCUUGAUAUGAUAGGUGUUACAGAAAAUCGUCAUACUAAUGUAGGUUCUAAUAUAAAUAAUGUAGAAAGACCCUAUGCUUGUGACGUAUGUGGUAAACGGUUUAGAGUAAAAAACUGUCUUACUCAGCAUUUGCACAUUCAUACCGGAGAAAAGCCUUAUGUAUGUAAUAUCUGUGGAAGAUGUUUUAGGGAAAGCUGCAUGCUUUACAAUCAUCGCCGUAAUAUUCAUACAGUAGAAAAGCCUUAUGACUGUGAUAUAUGUAAUAAAAAGUUCAAAAGAAAGGCAAAUCUUGAUUCCCAUCUUCUUACACACAAAGGUGAAAAGCCUCAUAUAUGCUCUCUUUGUGGAAAAGGUUUCACUUUUAAAGGUUCACUUUUAAUUCAUUAUCGCAUUCAUACUGGAGAAAGACCAUAUGUAUGUGAUAUUUGUAACAAGUCCUUUAUUAAAAAAAGUUACCUCAGAGUGCAUUGUUUUACACAUUCAAAAGAAAAGCCUUUUACAUGCAAUCUUUGUAAUGUACGCUUCACCCGGCCAACUGAUUUGGCAAAUCAUUAUCCGAUUCAUGCAGGAGAAAAGCCAUAUGUUUGUGAUACCUGUGGUCAAAGUUUCUUGAGGAAAUCACAGCUGACUAGUCAUGUAUUGGUGCAUACAGGAGAGAAACCUUAUCCGUGUAAUGUGUGUGGUAAAUGUUUUAAAUCCAAAAGAAUACUUAACAAGCAUUAUAUUAGUCAUACUAGAAUAAAGCCUUAUACAUGUGAAAUUUGUAACAAAUCCUUUAAAAGGAAAGAUAGUCUCAAAGCCCAUUGUUUAACACAUACAAAUGACAAAUCUUUUUUAUGUGAUAUUUGUAAUAAAUCUUUUGCAAGGAAAGAUGCACUGAAAGCACAUAAUUUGACACAUACAAAGCAGAAACCUUUUGUAUGUAAUAUUUGCAAUAAAGCAUUUGGCAGGAAAAGUAUCCUGAUGGCUCAUCACUUAACGCACACAAAGGAAAAGCCAUAUACUUGUAACAUUUGUAAUAAAAGGUUUUGCCGCAAAGGUGUUCUUACGGAUCACUAUAAGAUCCACUCAGGAGACAGGCCUCAUGUUUGUGAUAUAUGUGGUAGCAAAUUUAUUCAGAAAUCAACUCUUACUCAACAUCGAUUCAUUCACACAGGCGAGAAACCAAACUUAUGUAAAAUAUGUGGGAAAAACUUCAGAUCGAGAAAUAAACUUGUUCAGCAUUCACAAGUGCAUGUGGAAGAAAAGUCUAAUACCCAAAUAAAUUCAAGCUAAUUAAUUAUUCUCAGUGAAUGUAUGCAAUCAGUGAUGCAGUGUAUUUGUAUAAAAAUAUUAAUAUUUCA